GGUCAAUGUUCGUCUACGUAGCCAGUGGCCUCCUCCCGCGCAUGUUAGCCUUUUGAAAUCCGUUUUGCAUCGUCAUGUCAAGAUUCUUUACAAUCGGUUAUAUCAAAAGAAUCGCUCAAUCAGUUGAAAAGAGCCAUCUAAGGGACUAUGCAAAAGAAAAACAUGGAUUGCUUUUUAGGAUUGGGAUAUGUUCUUCUCGAUACAGAUAUUACGGCCAAUACACAUCUUCCGCUAGAGGAUGUGCUUCAUUUAGCGGGUACAAAUCACAAAACGGUCUCUACAACAAGAUGCCAUCAGCUACUUGGUCACGUAAUUUUAAAUCAAAUCUGCUGACUUUUUUGUACAAGGGAAGAUAUUUUACUUCUCCUAGAGGAUAUGCUUAUUAGCUACAGAAUACAAGAUGGUCUGUGUAACAAUUUUCACAGGAUACUCUCGGCCAGAGCACAUCAUGCCCGACUCGCUUGGAGGAGGUUCUUGCUGAGUUCUUCUUUGUACAAAAGAAGAACUUUUCUUCCGCUAAGUAGAAUCGCCCAAGCAGUUAAUUUGGCUUUGUGCCGCUCUUUUGCCGAUGUUCCCGGUAUAUUUGCCUUAACAUGUCAAAAGAACCCUGCAUUGGCAAAAGCCUUGCCGGGUAUGGACCUCUCCUUCCUUAGGAAUAAUGCAUCUUUUUUGCGUGCACAAUAUGGAUUUACUGGACUAAUCUUAACGGUAUUCGAAUGCGCUAAACUUUUGGUAAGAGCUUUUCAUUUGGUGAUCCUGUUUUCUCCGUGCAUCGCAAUGGCUCGAUUUGCGGAUGUUCUGGGACCUCAGUUCAGGAAAAUCUGGAUUCGGGUUGUUCUCUGGACGCUUGAAAGCGCGGGUCCAGUGUUUAUAAAAUGGGGCCAAUGGGCGGCUUCACGGCCAGAUUCGUUCGCACGAGACUUGCGUGCUGAGCUGUCAAAGCUUCAAUCGAGAGCUCCCCAACAUAACUCUGCCCAUUCGAUAAAAGCCAUUGAAGAAGCUUUCGGAAGCAUGCUCACGGAGAUGUUCGACGGGUUCAACGAGAGCCCCGUUGGGUCCGGAAGUAUAGCUCAAGUGCACACUGCUUUCUUGAAGCAUAGACACCCAGAUGGUCGAAAGAUCAAGCCCAUCAAAGUGGCGUUGAAGGUUAGACACCCAGAAGUUGUCGAAUCGAUUGAAAGAGAUUAUAAGAUUAUCAAUAUAAUUGCAAAAAUAUCCCGGUUCGUACCGUCACUUGAGUGGCUUAGGUUGGACGAAAGCUUCGAGCAAUUUUCUGUCUUUAUGAUGUCGCAAGUUGACCUUAGGAGAGAAGCGGACAAUCUGAGUCGUUUUAAUUAUAUUUUUCGGAGAUGGAAACACGCCUCUUUCCCUAAGCAUGUUAAUGUACAUCCCGACGUGCUGGUGGAAACUUUUGAGGAAGGGAAAGGUCUCGCGGACUAUGUCGAUGGACUCGAGGGUCAUGAUGAACGACUUAAGAGUGCUCUUGCUCAUACCUUGGGCAAAGCACAUCUCAAGAUGCUUGUGGUUGACAACUUCUUCCAUGCGGAUCUGCAUCCAGGAAAUAUUCUUGUGCGUGUAGUGCAGCAAAAAUCCUCUUUGAAACAUAUAUUCAAGUCAAAAAAGCCCCGCGUGGUUUUCCUCGAUGUAGGCAUGGCUGCUGAACUUUCUCAGUACGAAAAUAGAAAUUUGGUUGAAUUCCUUAAUGCAGUUGCUCGCCGAGAUGGUAGCACUGCAGCUAAGUGCACUUUAAAUUUUUCAAAGAAGCAGAACUGCCCUAAUCCAGAUGCCUUCAUUAAGGAAGUAAAAGAGUCUUUUGAUUUUUGGGGGACUCCAGAAGGUGAUUCAGUCCCUCCUGCGGACUGCGUGAUGCAGCUACUUGAACAAGUUAGGCGUCACAAAGUGAACAUUGACAGCAGUGUGUGCACCGCCAUUUUGACAACUUUAAGUCUCGAGGGUUUGCUACGGGAAGUUGAUCCUAAAUAUGAUAUGAUGCAUACUCUCAAAACGUUGCUUAUGAAACAGGAUCUUUCCGACACAAUUGUAAAGUUGUUAUAGAGGGUUUGCUAUGGGAACUUGAUCAUAAAUAUGAUAUGAUGCAUACUCUCAAAAUGUUGCUUUUGAAAGCUAACUGGGCAGAGGAUCUUUCCUACACAAUUGAAAAGACGUUUUAGAAAUAAAAUACAACAUAAGAAAUCGGUUCUAAAGAAAAAAGCCUAUCAUAGUAAAAUGCUUUUAUAGAGUGUGCUUGUUAUAGAGAGGCUUGACGAUAAAUCUUUCGAGGCUCAGCAGAGAAGUCACUUAAUUUUUUGUUAUGUUUGCUGAACUUAUAUAUGUGAAGGUUCUCAUCUCACUUGUUGGCAGCCAUACACGGUGCAUGGACAGAAACCUCCAUUACAUUGGCCAUAAGGA